AUGGUUCCAACCAUGGCCAGCCCUUCAGGUAUCACCAACUUUGUUAUAAACAAUGGCAAUGGAGUUAAGGGUCUUUCAGAAAUGGGUCUCAAAAGCCUUCCAAAGCAAUAUAUCCAGCCCCUUGAAGAGAGAAUUAGCACUGCGAGUUUUGGGAUAAAAAACUCCGAAGAGACUGUUCCCAUAAUCGACAUGUCAAACUGGGACGACCCGAAAGUUGCAGAAGCUAUUUGCAGUGCAGCAGAGAAGUGGGGGUUUUUUCAACUUGUCAACCAUGGGGUGCCCGUUGAAGUGCUUGAGAAAGUGAAGGAGGCAACUCAUCGCUUCUUUGAGUUGCCAGCUGAGGAGAAGAGUAAGAAUUCGAAAGAGCGUUCGUGUUCGAACAAUGUCCGGUUUGGGACGAGCUUUAGCCUUCAAGCAGAGAAGGCUUUGGAGUGGAAAGAUUACCUUAGUCUCUUCUAUGUUUCUGAGGAUGAGGCCUCUGCACUUUGGCCUCCUGCCUGCAAGGAUGAAGUGCUUGAAUACAUGAAGAAAUCCGAAAUUCUCAUAAAACGACUCCUAGAGACGCUAAUGAAGAGAUUAAAUGUGAAAAUAGACCAAGCAAAAGAAGGUCUUCUAAUGGGAUCCAUGCGGAUUAACCUCAACUACUACCCCAUUUGCCCAAACCCUGAGCUCACAGUUGGAGUUGGCCGCCACUCCGACGUCUCAACACUCACCGUCCUCCUUCAAGACCAGAUUGGCGGCCUUUACGUGCUAGGCGGCACCGACAAGAAGACUUGGAUUCAUGUCCCUCCGGUGAAGGGGUCGUUGGUGAUCAACAUUGGUGAUGCACUCCAAAUCAUGAGCAACGGACGAUACAAGAGCAUCGAGCAUCGAGUGGCUGCGAAUGGAAGUAAGAACAGGAUUUCAGUCCCCAUAUUUGUCAACCCGAGGCCGUCGGAUUUGAUCUCUCCGCUGCCGGAAGUGCUUGCAAGUGGGGAGAAAGCAGUGUACAAGCAAGUUCUGUAUUCUGAUUAUGUCAAGCAUUUCUUCCGCAAGGCUCAUGAUGGGAAGAGUACGAUUGAGUUUGCCAAAAUUUGA